AUGGAAGAACUUGAGAAGCUACCGAAGCAGCUCCGGGAGGCUGAGGGUCGCGUUCUGAAGGAGCAACUUCAACGUGAAGAGGAGCAACGACGACGUGAAGCUGCUGAAGGUCGCGCCCUCGAGGAACAACAUCAACGCAAAGAAGAGCAACGCCGACGCGAAGAGGCUGAAGAACGUGCCAGAGUCGCCACCCACCUCCGCAACUUACUUCUUUCACCCGCCUAUUAUCGUUGCCCGUGCAUGGCCUCAACGGCCACCGCGACGAGAUCUAGACGGCGUACAAUGGUGCCCGCUGCAGCAGCCUAUCUUCCUGGCGCCGAUGUCCUGCGCAAGCACUCGGCAGUCCGUAGCCACGAGAACGAAGGUCCUGCGCCGGCGGCCUCACGCGGUCUACAAGCCGUCGCGAACCCCAACGACCUCAAACUUGAAAAGCCUGUCUCAUGGACGACUCCGGACCUGCGCACACACACUGCGGGGCGCGGUGAAGACUACAGGCAGCGCACAGGCGCUACGUCUCUUUGA